GGGAUGUCAUAUUGCUUCCUGUUCUACGUACAGGCCCAAGUAUGCACGGCGCUGAAGGGAUAAUCCUUUCAGGCCACAGAAACAAGGGUACCACAAGAGCCGGCCAAGGGAAGGGAAUGGGACCUCUUGGUGUCAAAGUAUUGCCUCCUGCAUGGCCAUGCCCCAAACGGUGCAUUUUUUGCCGAGGCACCCCGGCUACUCUUGUGUGGAAAGUGCUGUAUCCUCUAGACAGCGUUCUGCCCGUCACACACUUUGUGAUUUCAAGAAUCACCACUCCAGUGCAGAGCGCCAGUGGCCAUCAUCGUCAGGAGAUCUGGUCAACACGUCAUCAACACGUGACCACAUCACAGGACUACAAAACAGAUUGGCACAAGCAUCGCCUCGGGAUUUGCAGCCAAGUGUGCCAGAGCACCAACCGUAUUAAUAAUCUCUCGCAGCAUUGCGUAGUUGGGGACUCGAACCAGGUGGCGUUCCAGGAGUGGAGCCGGAGCAUCUUGGGCCGCAAGUCCUUAGGUGGGGGUUAAUUCAGUCAUUGUUUGCUGGGCAUCCAAAGCCUGCUUUUAACUGUCUCUCUUGCCUUAGCGUACACAGUCCUCCCAGCCGGCAAAGCUGAGUCACAGUCCGCUGCAGCACGAGCCUGGCGGUGGUUGACUUGAAAUAGUAGGAAGACUCACGCUGUGAAGUUAUAUUCGAAUGUGUCUGCGGUGGUGCCCGUAAUAUUGGGCGGCUCAAGAGUACGUCAUCAGCCGACAUGAACGU